GAAACACCCUGGGGCUGGUACGCAAGAACUUCAUAGAGCUGAAUCUCUUUUCAUAAGCCUUGAGCGAUCUUUUAUAUCUCCUUUAUAUCCUUGACUUACCAAAAGACUCACAUAGCUCAUUUAACCCUCAAUCCGUGUUCCAAUGUUCAUCCUGACGAAGAUCGCCGACUUGGUGCAAAUUGCGCCGGAGGAUUUCUCCAAGCGCAGCAUAGACGCAAUCGAAGACAAUAUCAAUGCCAAAUACUCUAAUAAAGUUAUUCAAAAGAUUGGACUUUGUAUCUGCUUGUACGAUUUGCAGUGGGCUUCGGAAGGUCUUAUUGGCCAUGGAACAGGCUUGGUGAACGUGAAUACUGAGUUUCGAAUGGUCGUAUUCCGUCCCUUCAAAGGUGAAGUCAUGAUUGGCAGAAUACGAAGCUCUACACCCGCAGGCAUCAAUCUGAGAACAGACUUUUUCGACGAUAUCUUUGUGCCAUUUGAGGAGUUACCAGAGGGUGCUGAAUACAACCACAGCGAACAACUCUGGAUCUGGAAUCUCGACGAGGAUCGACUCUUCUAUGAUAACCAUGAGAUGGUUCGCUUUCAAGUGAUCGAUGAAGAGUGGCAUGACCAAGCCCCUGCUGGACCAACACAAGCCGAAGACUCACCUUUGAAAACUCCGUACCGCAUCAAGGCCAGUAUGGCAGCUGAAGGAUUAGGCGUAUGCCUCUGGUGGGAUGGAGCAUAGUGUUGGAUAAUGGACUGAGGAAUUAUGGAAGAACUUGGGCCCAGGAAAAAUAUGUCACCGCGUUUUAUUUGGCGUAUGUACAUUUGCUCGUUCUAUGAAUCUACGAUUUGAUACCCGCCAACAGACGUUCCUCAACGUUGUCGAGCACAGAGUAGUGCUCCACAACGUUCAAGUUCUCAAUCUCGGCCACGAAC